UCAAUCUCAGCGAGUUUACGCACUGACCGGAUCCUAUCUGCUGCCACAGCGUCUGCCUCUUACCCUGGGCUGAGUUUAGUUUUUAAUAUAUUUGGCAGCAGAAAGUUUCUUGGAGUCUUGAAGUAAACUUGCGCAAGGACGCAGCGAUGACAGCCGAGCUGAUUUCCCUGGUUCGAAGUUGCUGAGACCCCCAUCCUGCUGCAUCCGAUCUGAUUUCUCUGUUUUUGGAAGAUAAAAGGGGGGAUACAGGAUGAAUUCCGCCCUCUUAGCUGUGCUUCUCGGAGUGGUGGGAGUUCUGGCCAAUAAGGAGGAGUGUUACUCGGGUCAGUACACAACCAAUGGAGAGUGCUGCCUGCAGUGCCAGCCCGGCGAGGGAGUCGUUAAACCAUGUGGAGCCACUCAGACUGUCUGCGCCCCCUGCCUGGACAGUGAAACUUUCUCAGAAAACUUCAGUCAUACAGAGAGAUGUCAGCCCUGCACAACAUGCGCAGGUCUGCUCCGCAUGAAGGCACCUUGCACGGACUCCAAUGACGCCACCUGUGUGUGUAACUACGGCUACUAUCUGAAUGAAAUCUCACAGCGCUGUGAACCCUGCACUAGAUGUCCUGAGGGAGAGGGGAUGCUGUUAGCCUGUGACUACGACCAUGACACAGUAUGUGAGGAGUGCAGUGGGGACACUUAUUCGGACCAGGACAGUUCGAGGGAGCCCUGCAUCCCCUGCACCACCUGUGAUGAUGGGGAAAUGUUACAGGCCUGCACCUCCAUCAGUGAUACAGUCUGUCAAGUUAACUAUCCAUCAGCGUUUCCUGGAAUACCCUUCAACGGUUCCUCCCUUCCUCCUUAUACUGACUUCCCACCCGAUGGACCCCCAGAAGGACCCCCAGAAGGACCCCCACCAGAUGGGACUUUUACAGAAAGCACCACCACCACUACAACCACUAGUGGUGACUCCCAGGAGCGAAUCUAUCAGGGUCUGCAUGACAAACUCAUCCCCAUUUACUGCUCCAUCCUGGCUGCUGUUGUUGUAGGCCUUGUGGCCUUCAUCAUCUUUAAAAGGUGGAACAGCUGUAAGCAGAACAAACAAGGAGCCAACAACUGCACAGCCAACCAGAACCAGACGCCAUCACCUGAGGGAGAGAAGCUGCACAGUGACAGCGGCAUCUCUGUGGACAGCCAGAGUCUGCAGGAGCAGCAGGCGCAGACUCAAGCACACACAGUUGUCACCAUGGAUGAGGAACCGUGUCUGCUGCUCCCUCUCCAUACCAGAGAGAAAGUGGAGAAGCUGCUGUUCAGCGACAGCCAGGGAAACGACUGCAACCACAUGGACGACAGCGACUGGUGCAACCUGGCCGGUCUGCUGGGAUACGAGGAGGAGCGGAUUGCCACCUUCAGGCAGGAGGAGCAUCCUGUCCGUGCGCUCCUGUCAGACUGGGAGAGGAAAGACUCUGCUAGCAUCGACGCCCUGUGUACGGCGUUGCGCAAGAUCAACCGUGAUGACAUUGCUCAGAGUCUGGUCCUGAGCCCAAAUGCUGCAAAGCCCACCGCCACUUCUGUAGUUUGAUUUAAGCUUAAAAAACACAAAUCACCAGAACCUUAAACUUCUCUAUAUACAUAAACCGUACUACAACUGCUUUAAACUAUCCCCUCAUGAAGCCAGCAGUCACUGUGAGUGAAUACAGAGGAAUCAUUUCAUGUUCAAUCAAAUGAUAUGAAAUGAUAGAUAUUAGACUGAAGAAACGACAAACAAAUAUGAUUACUGCAAAGGAAGCCAAGGCCAUUUAUUUAACCAUUCGUUCUCACAUUUUAAAAAACAAAAAUGUGGUUGAAGAUAGUGCUUAACUAUUCCAUUUUGACCCCACAGCCAUAAUAUCAAGCUUAUCUUCCUCUUCCUUCACAAACCAAGGGUUUUGCCAUCUGAAUCUGUAAUCUUCUCUCUCGUCCAGUGUCUGUAUCUUGUUGCGUUAAAAAGCCAGUGUUUUUGUCCCCAAGUGAAACUUUAUGCUACCAAAGAGGACCUGUCAAGCGACAUUAUUUACAUGCCAUGUUGGACUUUUUUGAAUUGAACUUGUCAAAUGGCUUGAAACUGUUACUGUCUCCGGAUGAGGCCUGCAUACCUCAGAGUAUCUGGAUCUUUGCAAGCAUGACAACCCGAGGAAGGAUGUUUGGACUGGUUUCCAGUGAGACUGUUCUACUUCAGCACAAAUGAAAGCCAAGUUGAGCUUUUUACUCUUAAUUUAAAAACUUAGAUUUGACUGAAGACAUUUAGGCCACAGCAAACAUGGAAUUAACUUUGGCUUUGCUUCAGUGACUUUUGCAGGAAUUUCUUUCUUUCCUUCCGGCAAGUACUAUAAGAACUGCAGGCUGGACUCUGUGAGGAAAGUCAUAGAUGGAGGCAACAUGAGACCUUAUUGUGCGUGUUCAGGCCCAUCUGCAUAACACAGGAGCCCCCACACAGACCCCUUUAUUCUGACCCAGAAAAGGGAAGGACUCAUGGUAUCCAGUAUCAGCUCUCUUAAGUGUUUGUAUAUAGGCACACACAAAAUUUAAACAUACUGUAUAUACAUACAUAGACUUAUAGUAAGUAACCAGGCAUGCAUGUACUAUACAAAUAAACUACUGAUUGUAUAUUAAUAUGGACAGAGCAUCUCCAUCUCAUUCAGUUGUACAUAAGUGAAGCUACAGUACCCUGCUGAUGGGUGCUGACAUAUUGCACUUGUUUCUUAAUUUGGAGCUAUGGAAAGUUUAGACCAUAUUACUAGUUUUCAUUGCGUUUUCUCUCACCUGAUCCUUUCUAGAGAGCAGCAUGGAGGCUCAUUUAUCAACACAUCUGUUAAUCACGUCUUUACAUCCAUUUAAAAGCAUACAAUGUAAUAAAUCAAAGCUACUACAUGAAAUGAACACUUGGACUUUUGUCAGCAUGAUGAUGUGUGUACUGAUUUUAACUUUAUAGUUUACCCCAUGUUCCAUAUUAACAUGGAAGAGGCGGGGUUAAUGACCUGUCAAAACAAAUAUAACGGCCCAACAUGAAAUAGUUAAGUAACAAGUUUCCCAGCUUUUUUGAGUUGAAGUGCCCAACUUCAUACUCCAUGUUGCAUGUAGUUUACAUAACAAGCUCAUAGUUAAAAGUAUCAAGUCAGCAGGAUUUUUUUCAGCAAUAUCAGUUUGCUCAACUGAAAUAGUUUCACCAUCUAUUUAGGUGAAGUCCCCAGAAAUUGUUUGCUCUACUUGAAUCUAUAUGUUUUUUUAAUACAGAGUUUAAGAAAUUUGGUACAACGUGUUAAAUUAACUGGCAAAGUUAUACCCAGUACACCAUAAUUUGGUCACUUUCUUUUUUUUUUUUUUUUUUUUUUUACUAUCUGUAUGUUGCAGCCCAUCAGCAGGCGUACUGCAGAUAUUUUGGCUUCACUUCCAGAUGGCUGUUCUGUCCAUCUUAAUAAACAAACACAGACACGCACACGUCAUGUAUACAUUGAGAUUCUCAUUCAUUGUAGAAAUUAUAAAGGACUUCCAAACCUGCCAUAUACUGUAUAGAAAACUCUCACAAGGGGACCAUUUACUGUGUUGUUUCAUUAUUUGGUAGCCAGUAUAAGACACCUUUAAAAUCAAUGCGUGUAAUCAUUAUGAUUUGCAGUAUAUAGCUAUAGACUGAGAUGGAACAGCAUGCAGAAACAAUCAACAAAUAGUCGCCAAUGCACAAGUUCCAACAAAUGCAACGUAAUCAGGAUGCAAAACAAAAAGUCAGGAUUUUCUAUCUUUUUUUGCUUAAUUUCUCAGGGUAUCUUGCACGGAUGUGUUUCAAAAUUACAAAUAUUUUUUAGAAUAUCUGUAGUUGUACAAUGACGACUAUGUUUGCCUUGCAACUGACAAUCCUUUAAAAAGGUGAAUACGAGAGACAGAAUCAUGCUCAAAAAGAGAAGCAGCAGGGUGUCUUGUUUCCUCAUUGUUUGCACAAUGACCUCUGGAUAAAAGACAAGUCAGGGGAGACAGAAGUCAAAGGAUGUGGGAUGAAUCCCGACAGAGGGAGAGCGGUAAAGUUUUAGGUUACUCAGAUGUAUAACAAAACUCAAAGGAUGUGCGUUUACAUUUUUCAGCUUGUUUAAAGCUCCUGUGAGGGUUUUUAUCCAGUUAUGAAUCAGAUUGAAAUUAAUACUGAUAUUUCUAUAUGAUAUUAAAAAGCAAACAAGACCAUUAGGAAUGAGACUGAUUGUGAAAUGAAAAUUAUUAAUGUAUUUAACUGCUGCUAUAGGGUAGGUGUGGUUAACAGCAUACUGCACACAGACCUUGUUUACAUUUUCCAGUGAAGAUCACAGCGAGUGAUGUUAAAAGAAAGUAGUGUGAGAUUGUUUAUGAUCAAUUCUUAUGUACAGGAUGAAACCAGAGAAAGGUGGGAGGUAACACUUUGUCCACAAAAGCUGCCAAAAUCAACACAAACUGAAAGUUCCUCACAGGAGCUUUAAUUUAAAGCACGCAUUUCUAUUUUUAUGAGCUUUUUGCCCUUUAUGAGAUGCUUCAUUGCCAUGAUUUUUUUUAAAAAAUAAAAAGCAUUCCGGCUGCCAGUAGAAGACCUCUAAAACUUUUUCGUUUUGUCUAAUCCUUUGUUUGGAGGAAAAAAUGUGAAGGAGCAAAUCUAGUUUACCAUGUUAAAUCUUCCUACCUUUACCUGCUCCUCAUAGGUUAAGGCUGUACAUUGUUACUAACCACUGUCACACUGAGCUUCAUGCUGUAGUGUUAAAUGAAGGUAUUCUUGCUCUUAAAGUUGUUGUGUUUAAAUGCAAAUAGUGACUGUACAUGGUAUCAUAAUUCCUUUAUUGUUCUAGAUUGUCUUUGUCUGUUCUGCAUCACAAGUGCCUGAUAACUACGACUUCAGGUGACCGCUGAUGUACAUUCUUUUUUUAAUGCAUUUUUGUUUUUUACCUGUAAAUAAUAAGUAAUAUUUUAGUUUUAUUUUGAGUUAAAGCCCAGAAGGCGCUACUGUACAUUAUCUAUGUGAAUGGGAAACUGUUACAGUAUGGAUGCUGUCCUGGUUAAAAAGGGUCAGAAGGGCUAAAGAAAGGGAGGUGCCUUCAGGAGGUAAAUGGUGCAAUUAAAACAUGAAUCACAAUCAGGUGUGUUUUCCAGCCUGUAAUUAAGAGAGGUCCAGGAGAGGAACACAUCAAACUCAGUCAAUAAUAAAAAGUUAUAUCUAACUAUUUGAUUAUCUUGUGCUGUAAGUUAGAAGUGGGAAACUAGUGGCCUGGCUACGGCCACCCUUCUCUCUCAGUAUGGUCUGCCAGUCAGUUUUGAAGGUACUUAGCCAUUUUACUUGUCUAUUUAUCAGGUUAACGUAACUUUUGGAGUUUAUUUGUAGAAACCCUCCUACUCUUAAGAAUUCUAUUUGAAUCAAUCUCAAAGCUACAUAAUUGUCAUUCAUUGCAGUUUUCACUGAGUAGGUUGGUUAGUAGGUGAGUGACCACAAGUAACACCAACUUUAAGGUGCCUACCGAACCAGGAAGUGUCCCUCUGUUGUUUGUAGCACCAUCCGUGUUGAGCUGAAGAUGCCUCUCACAGGCGGGUCUUCUCCAACUGAGUGGUAACUUCACCCAUGGUGAAAAAGUGUCUAACGCCUUAAGGUAUUCUGUGAAAACUCUUCAGAUUAAGGGCUGCUUGUCAAAUAAUAGCAAAAAUAGUUAAAGAAGCCGAGUACUGUUAACUUUAAACUAAUUAUUUUUUUUAUUGAUAAGCUUUUACUGUUCAGUCUUACAGUGAAUGUUUGGUUUAUAUUUUUCUGGCUGUGACUGGUUCUUUAUAACUCUUUGCAUUUCUUAAUGCAUUUGGGAAAAAUAGUAAAAUAUACUUCAAUAGUCAGAAAUCUGUUAAUUGCAUUGAAAAAGUAUCCUAUGCUGGCUUUAAUCCUGUGUUUAGCUAAUUUAAUUAAGCAUUACUAUUUGUUUUAUAAUGUAUGAAUAUGCAUUUUGGAUAUUGGCUCCUUUUGUUAAACCAUAAGUAAUUAGAAUUUCCCAUUUAAGAAACAGUAAAUUUCCUAACAUGUUUGCCCUCUGGCAGUGAGAGAAAGAAUAAUUUUGCCCUCUUUGUAACCAAAGUUUCCCAUCCUGCCUUGUUGUAAGACAUGACUUCAUGGUAUAAAACAUUCUGAGAAUAACAUUUUGUGCAGACUCCCCAUUGGCUCAGUCAGUUGAGCAACUGGCUGUUAAGUCCCACAACCGGGGAAGAAACUGAAAACUGGAUUUUCUGCAGAGUACAUUGGCAAGAGCGUUAUUAUUUUCUUCUAUGAACAUAAGUCUACGACAGACAGUUAGCACAGCUUUGCAUUGCACGAAAGAAACAGCAAGUCUGAAUCUUUCAGAGGGUUUCCAACAAAAACAGGCUACCAGUAAACAUGAACAUGUUUGUUUUAAUGAGUGUUUAUUUCACAUGAGAUUGCUAGAAACUUUAGUCAGUUUGUUAACUUAAAGUCUCGUGUGUUAAGACAAAUACUGUUCCUUUGGACCGAGCAAUGCCAACAGCUUUUCUACUCUUUUUAGUUAGCAAAGCCACUAAGCUAAGCUAAACUAACUGGCUUCUACCUGCAGAUGAAACAAAGUAUUAAGGAUGGUAUGUGUGCUCAGAUGCAAUCCUGUCUCAACACAUAGGCUUUUUCUGAUGACAGGACCCUUCCAAAAAAAAAAAGGGGCAACUCUUCAGGCUUGUUGUGUAGCUAGUGGUUGAUGAGAAGGUCUUCAUAAUUAUUUAAGGCCAACAAGCAAUUUCAGAUGGAAGAAUGUUAAGUGAUGUUGUCUAAGAGCAAUUUUGAGAGCAACCGAUAAAAUGUAUAUUAGUCACGUCUUAGCCGAUGGGUUCUGGGAUUGCAUUAUGGCUCAGCUAUUUAAAGUUUUGCUUCCCAAAUGGACUCUCUUUUAUGUAGUUGACUGUAACUGCCUGAUUAGGAAGCCACACAUUUCCUCUCAGUAUAAGUACACUGCCACAUUAGUGCUGAGAGAAAGCCUCCUGAUUGUCUAGUAAGACUGAGAAAUGUGUCAUUUUGGGCUGGAUGCUGGGCCACAAAUCUGUGAGGUAAAGUUAAUCAUAUUGUCUCCCAGCUGUUAUAUCAACUACUUGUCUUGUUGAUUUCCGGGGUCUAUCAUCCAAUAAGGAACUAAGACUGAAGGCAGUGGCUUUUUUUUUUUUUUUUUUUUUUUUUUUUUUGGACAGUAUUAGUUUAUCUCGAACUCUUUUAGGUUGAAUAUUUAAGACUUAGUACUAGCGAACAUUGAUUGCAAUGCUUGUACAGUAAACCCAGCUGAAGGUGAACAUGUCUUAUUAUUGCACUUGAGAGUAACAGAGUGAUGGUGGGUUUGUGGGUGGGGGGAGGCUUAGGUUUUUAAAAUGCCCUGGUUGUGUAGCUCAUAGUGACUGAUGUUGCACCAGGACUGAACUGUACAGAUGUGAGAAAUGCUGAACGUUACUUGUAUACUAAUACAUAUACUGUACUAUACUUCAUGUGAAUUUGCAAAAAUUCCAACAACAGACAAGCAGUUAAAUAAAUA